AUGAUUGAGAAAGAUGCAUUCUUGAUGAAAUGUAAUAUGCCUGGUGAUGGAUCCUGGAAAAUUGAAAUCAUUGCUUGUCAAACACCAUCUGGUGCUACUGUACCAGUGAAUUCCAGUUUUAUUGAAGAAAAUAGUGAAUGGAAUUGCACACAAGAUUAUAGAGGACGAGUUGUGCUCCAUCGAGGUGUUAAUCCUAACGCUAAAUGUGGCGAGCAUGAACAAGGUGAACACUGGCGCGAAAAAGCAUUUUUAUUUGAAUGUGUUCGUGGUGGGCAGCAAAAAUUCAUAGCAUGCAUUGGUGAAAAUGAAGAGCAGAUAAAAAUUGGUGAAUCUAAAGAAAUUAAUGGUUAUAUAGUAACAUGUGAAAAAUAUGAAAAUGGUACAGUAGCUAUCCAUGGUGUUCGGAAAGAAUCGGAAUUAGAUGGAACACAAUUCAAAAUGGAAUGCGUUGAUUCUGAUGGCAAUCAUCAUGCCAUUGAUUCUUGGUGGAUAGACAAUCAUCGAUUCAAUAAAACUUGUUUAGCAUCAGGAAAAAUCGAUGUACUAAACUGUAUAUCAAAAGAAGGUCAUCAAGUUCCGGUAAAUGAAGAAAAGGUCAUCGACAAUGUCAAAUUUUUGUAA